AUGCCACAUGUGGGAAGCCGCAUUGCCAACGUGGCGCGCAGCAAGGCAAAUGAUGUGUGGCUCAUGACGGCCGUCGUGCACGUGGCGACGAGUGACUUGGGGAAGCACUACGAGACGCUGUACAGGCGGCGGGGGGCGGCAAUUCGUGUGGACCCUCGAAUGGCGGUGUGCCCCUUUUGCCACCAGCCAACGUUGGCGGACGUUGUGAUCUUUGGGUGCUCCCACACCUACCACGCCAACUGUGUGAUUGGCUACCUCGCUGGCGAGGGUGUUCUGCUCGUGCAGCCAGCCGAUGUUGAUGUUGGCCGCUUUUUCAAGCACCCGGAGGAAUACCUGAGGCCGGGCUCGCGGAAGGUGUCGCCUCGCUGCCUUGUCUGUUGUGAGGUGCGCGGGGCAGUGAAAUAA